AGACGGUCUCACUCAGCAGUGGAUGUCAGUACUGCUCCAGGUGUCACACGGGUUGUGUGUUGUCGUAUCUCCGCUACAACUCUGUAUGAGGCAAGCCUGAGCGGCGGGCAAUACUAGCCUGAGAGUAGAGGUUAGCAGCCAGGACUGGUCUGGAACUGGCCGCUGGGACCAUCACUCCUGGAAGCGACUACAGGUAACCUCCAGAAGCUUCAGUGUCCUGAAGUGUUGUCACCACUGCCCGCCAUCACCAUGAUGUCAGAGAGCAUGAGCCGGGUGAGCGUGAGUUUGAGCGGUGGUGUGGGCGUUGGUAUGAACGGUGAUGUGGGCGUCAGGAUGAGGAAGUCUUCAGUUCCCAUCAUCUCCACCAGAACGCUGGAGAUACCAGCUGGACCUCACACUCCGAGGUCACUCUCACGUAGUGGAUCACCAGCAAGGCGGAGGUUCUCCAACGUGAGUGACGCAGUCACCAGGAAGAUCUCCACCACUAUUGGCUGGAGGAGCGUCAAUGUUGACGCAGUGGUGACGCAGACCAAAUGUCUGGUGACGCAGUAUGUGAGGUCGCGUCUCAAGCGUGCUGGCCUCCUACACAAGAAACUCGGCCUUCAGAGACUAAGAUCAGUGGCCAACCUCGCUGGAGGGUGGGAGGUGUGUGAGGUGUUCCCGCGGGUGUCUGCAAUAGGCCAGGAGCUAGAGAGAACAUACCCUAAGCUCUACGCUUCUGUGGCCAGACAGCUCUCUAUUACGCUCACUUCUGAUAAGGUGGUGCGGUCAGUGAUGGUGCAGGUGGCUGGUCAUGUCUUCAGAGCAGAGAUCACCUGGGCCAGAAUCAUCUCACUCUUCGCCGUGGCUGCUGGACUCGCCUCAGACUGUGUCAAACAAGGACACCCGGAGUACGUGGCUGGCGUCAUCGAUGUUGUGGGUCUGGUCACUGAGAGACACACUGCACCUUGGAUAGCCUCGCAGGGAGGAUGGAGUUCACUGUUAACGUGGUCGCAGACACCGUUGAGUGACCCUUCAGCGCUGCAGGUGCUGGUGCUGGUGGUGGGAGGUCUCAUAAUCACAGCCUUCAUGCUCAUACUCUCUCUGAAGUUCCUCGGUGAACUCGUCACCUGAGAUUCUUCUACAAGGCUCUUCACCCGAGACUCUUCUACAAGGCUCAUUAUCUAAGGUUGAGGUAUAGUAAUCAGGAGUAAGAUCUAAACCCAUUCAGCUCCUAGGAAACAGUAGGUAAACAUGUUUGCUCCAGGUCUGUGGAUCACCAGCCCUUCAGUGUCAAAUUCUUGGUUAAACAUAGCAUUAUAGCCAAAAAGCUCCUCAGAGGUUAAUGUAGUCUUGUAUCACGAGCUAUUUUAAUUUAUAUCGCUGUAAUGACCCAUACAAGUUAGGCACUUGAUUUUUAACAAUAAUUUAGAUACCAAAGUGCUAAACCCUUAGAAUUGCAGUUCAUUGCUAAAUUCAUGGGGAAAGCAUCAAGCCCUUAGGGGACAUAAAGUGCUCGUCAUGGCAUUAUGUCAGGUGAGCGCUCCGGCACAGUUAGAGAGUAACUGCUUCUUUAACACAGUUACGAUAUGAACUGAUGUCUUCUUCGAGGGCCAGGCUGAGGAUUGCAGCAGAUGUUAACUCGACACCACCACCAGCCUUGAAAUGCUGCACCCAGUUCCUCACUGAACGCUCAUACACACCAACGUUCUCCACUAUUUCUUUCGUCUGGUGCCCAGUUUUAUGAAGCCCUAUGAUUUGAGCUAUAGUUACAGGUGUUAAAGACUUCCUUUUACCCAUAAUCAAAGAUGUAUAGCCCCAAAACCAAAGGGAACACUGGACAAAAGACGGGGCAGUGCGAGAGACAAUAGUGCAACACUUCCUCUCACCACGGCAGCCACAUGACCAAUAAGAAGUCACUAUGAAGUGUGGCAGCAGGCCAAGACGUCAUGCUGAUGGCUGCUACCCAGCAGAAUUCACUGAUGAUAAAAGACCCCCUGUAUGGUAGGCCUUUGAUUUUCAUCACAGCAUUGUGCCAGAGCACUCGCCCGGCAUAAUGAUGUGACGAGCACAUAAGUGCCUAGUGAAUGACUCAUGUUUUAUCAGAAAGAAGGGUAGUUCACAUUGCUUACAUCAAGAGCCCCUCACCAGAAGGGAGAAUUGUAGGUCAGAUUACUGCUCUUUACAAGAAAGUUGGUUCUCACCUGUGUGCAUGCUACAUCAUUACUGUAGAGUUCAGAUAUUCCUCAAGUGGAAACACUAGUACCAUAUUGGAAACUUUUCGGUCCUAGAACCUUAGCCACUCCCAAUAUCCCCACUCCAAAACUUUUACAAUGAAUGUCUUAGUGCUUGUAUUUUCUUGAACCAACUACUUGUAUUUAUUAUUACAAUCAAAAAGAACCGCUAAGCCACAAGAGCUAUACAUUGCUGACCAACUACUUGUAGAUAACCAUUUUUACCGGCAUUCCUGGCUAACCCAGCCCCCAGUACACAAAACUGUAUGAUAACGGUAUACAAGAACUUAGUGGUCAUACAUGCUGCAGCUAGGCUUGCCCUUAAGUACGAAUUUAGCUAUUUAUGGAGUGUCGGCAGACGAGAGGUAAGCAUCACCAUUGAAUACUAGUGUUUAUGUAAACCAGUUCAGCACCAGUAGGAAAAUUAAUACACCACAAUUAUGUAAACUAAUGCAGCACCAGUUGAUUAACUAAUUUCACCCAACCAGUCUUGUGGUUUAGCACUUCUCUUUGAUGAUAAUAAUCACCCAACCAGUGCAACACCAGUAGGGAGUACUAUACUAGUUCAGUAUAUGAACUAGCACAGCAGCAGUAUUUAAACUCAGUAUUUCUGUACAUCAGUCCAUCGAUAAACUUGUGCAACAUCAGCAGGUAAACUGGUCCAUUUCAUUAUAACAGCAGGGAAGAGCUAAACCCAUAGUGGGUCAUACAACACCUAGGAUGCAUUUAGGUUUGAUUCAGAUAUGCAGAGAAGUCUUUUCCUGAAUCAAAAGCCCCUCACCAGAUCAAGGACCCUACUUGGAAGGGUAAACUGGUGCAGCACCAAGAGGUAAACUAUUAAUAUGAAAGUUUAAUUACUGAUAUACUGUAUUAGUUUACUUACUGGUGCCACAUUAGUUUACCCACUGAUGCUAAACUAAUAUCUGUGGUGCUAUACUGGUUUCCCAACUGGCACUAGAGUAGCUUACCGAGUCUAAACUUAGUUAUUUUUCAGUAGCUUACGUUUAUUAUAAUCAAGGGAGAAGUGCUAAACCCAUAGGAUUAUACAUAACCUGAGAGAGGGGAAGGGGAGAAUGGAAGGUAUUCAGGGAACUGGAGCACAGAUCUAAUUCCCUAGAUCAAGAGCCCCUCACCAGUGUCAAGGAACCUUCCUUGAGGAGAGCUUACAUUUAGUGGUAAGUUUACUACUGCUCUUGUCCUAAUUUACUUACUAGAUAUACUGUCACCCAUUGGUGUUGCAUUAGUUUACAUAAUGCAUCAUUAGGUAGCCUUGGAGAUCCUGUGAUAAUGUAUAUUUCCCCGAUCAUUUGCUCCCUCAUCCUUCACAUGUAUUUUGCACCCACAAUAUAAUAUACAUCACUGA